AUGUCUCACAAACUCGAUUUCACUUGCGGUAGUGAUGAGAGGCCCGAUGGUGGUUCUGCAGCUCACAGCCAGAAUAGUGGAGCGGUGCGGCAGAGAGAAACGAGGCGGGAUCAUGUGCUGGCUUGCGAGAUGUCCCCCCAGGUCACCCUUUCGAAGAUGGACACCGCUGAAAAAAUAUUUUUUGCAGUACAUGACGCGUCGGAUGACCGCCGCUACAAGGUCUUUGUGCGCCCCGAUGAUAUUCCGCGGCUGAAGUUUUCCAAGCUACGUAAAGCGCUCAGUAGCGUUUCAGGGAAGCCGCCCUUCUCGUUUGCUUUGUGGCUUGGGGAUGAACCGCUGCAUGGCAAAGAGGAUGCGAAUUGUGCUUUGCUGGGUAUUACGCCGCAGACGGUGCUGCGCAUGUGUCCAAGCGAGGCAGUGUUGUUACAUUCUACCGGGGCCGAAGGCAGUGGUGCCUCCUAUAGCAAUAAAAAGGUAGAGGGAAGCUCGAAAACCACGGGAAGCUCCGCCGCACAUGUAGAAAAGGUUCUGCAAGAACUGUCGGAAAAUGCGGUGGAACCUCUGUCGGUGAUUAAUCUCAACCAGCGACAACGAGAGCUGCAGGCCCAGCUCUAUGAAGAGGCUAAACGAUGCCACCUUUUCUCCACAGAUGACACGGUGAGUGGAGGCGGCAGGGGCGGAUACGAAAACAAUGACAUGAGAGCUCCAAUGCCUACCCCUCGGGAAGGGCAGAUAUUAUACUCGUGCAGUAGCAGCGCAUCACCUGCUGAGAUUCAAGAGGGGCGCACCUCUGCAGAUGAUGGUUUCACAGUAUUUAUGGAAGACCUUCUGAGCACGAGGCUCAUGCAGCAAAGCGGCUCACCACCGCCACUACCAUUCGAGGAAUGCUGCCGAGAUGUGCCUGGCGAAGCUCAAACACCGGCGGCGGCGGCAGCAGCCCAGUCUACUGUUUGCGCCAACAGUAGCAUGUCGUAUUUAGAAACAAUUUCGCGUGGUAUGCAACUUUACGCCAUGUAUUUUCCAGAGGGUGUCGCUUCGCCUGGUCCACCUGCAGGCGCCCCCAGUGCUACUUUGUCCUCGGAACAGAAAAAGGGGGGUGAAAAUGAUUAUGCAAUGAAGGAAGCGUCACCAAGUAAGUAUGAGUCAGCGGUAACUGCCUCCAGCGUGAUACAAGGGGUGGGUUUGGAGGUCAUCAAUUUAGUGGAGGAGAUGAGGGAUGAUAUUAAUGACCUUCUUGCCCUGCAGGUGCGAAACGACACUACCAAGCGCGCUCUUCAGCGGGAGCUUUUCUCUUCACUGAAGCUUGUAAAACAGCUGGAGAAAAAAGAGCAGGAGACACGCCAGCAACUUGACGCACUUCUGCUGAAGCUUCGUGAUGCUCACGAGGCGAACGGAGUUCAAAUGCUCUCUGAGGAAGAGCUUCGUCUGGCACUGCGCAACAUGGCGGCCUCGCAUCAGAAUACGCGCCUCCAGAGAGAAAAUGCCGCACUUGAACAACGGCUUGCGCAGGAAGUACGCAAGCGUCGUGAAAUGGAAUUUGCGUUGGAGGACAUGAAAGGGCAUAUUCGUGUGUUAGUACGAGUACGGCCGCCGUUUCGGCUUCUGCGUGCGCGAAGUUUUGAGGUGAGGGAAAACAAAACAACGUGUGACCCUAAUGCUUUGGAUGAGGCACGCAUGACGGCGGACGAAGGGCGCAACACGAUUACCAUCACGGAUCCUCGUACGGGUUCGAAGCAUUUUAGCUUUUACCGUGUCUUCUCAGAAGCUUCUACGCAGGCAGAGGUGUUUGGCGAGAUUGCCCCCCUUGUGCAACUCGCAUGCGAUGGGAUAAAUGUCUCCGUGUUGGCCUAUGGACAGACUGGGAGCGGCAAGACGUACACUAUAUUAGGCGAAGAGGGGCGGCAGCACACCGCGGCGGGGGUGACGGCAGACGAUUCAGAUGAGGAAAAGGAGGAGGAUGACGAUGGUAUAGUCCCGCGCACCUUACGCAUGUUAUUCCACCAGUUGCGCGUGGAGGCGGCGACGGAGGUGGUUAUCGUGCCGCCCGAGGAUGACAGAUGCCACGAUGAAGAGCGCGCCACCUCCACAUAUGAGGUUUUAUGUAGCCUUCUGGAGUUGUAUAAUGACAAGGUGCAAGACUUACUUGCGCCUCCGCAGCUCGUCGCCCCCGCCUUUAAUCUUGGUGGCGGCAAUAGCAGUGGCAACCCUUCCGAGCAACGUGGACCAGCACAGGUGACGCCGCAGUGUACCCUGAAGAUUGGGCCCGAUGGUCUUAUGUAUGUGGUGGGUCUUACACAACACGUGGUGCGGAACGCACAAGAAGCGCUUAGGGUGCUUCGUGAAGGCGCCUCUCGACGGCAGGUGCAUGCCACCCAACAAAACCCCUGUUCAAGUCGAUCCCAUCUCAUUUUCACCGUUUACCUCUCACAGAAACGUCGCAUUACUUUGCGGAACGGCACUGCCUUCACCAACGACUCGUCUAUUGCCUUUAAGCAACUGGAGAGCAAGUUGGUUUUUGUGGACUUGGCAGGGUCGGAGCGAAUUGCCAAGUCACAGAGCGUGGGAAAGCGCCUGUUGGAGGCACGACAUAUCAACAAAAGUCUGGCGGCAUUAGGUGAUAUCGUGGCAACACUCUCCAACGCGACCGCAGCUAACACCGCAGCUGCGCAUGUGCCUUACCGGAAUAGCACCCUCACUGCACUGUUGCAGGAUGUAAUUGGAGGCCGCAGCAAGACAGUGCUUCUUGCUUGUGUGGGUCCAAGUGACCCACCGUAUGAGAACCAUACAGCCGAGACCGUAACUACGCUGCUGUUCGCCAGCCGCGUGCGGUGUGUGCGAAACGUUGCGUCGUCAUUUUCAUUUACAGGAACAACUGGGGGAGGUGCUUCUUCCAGAGGCUCUGGGAUGCCGAAUGUGGAGCUGGAUAUGAAUCACCCACAUACCUCUUUUUCCUCGGGACGAGGCGCGACGAAGCUGUGGAUGCGGCCGACGCAGUCGUCAAGACAAAGAGUUGGCUCUGUAGGUCGUCCCAGUGUCGUUGCGGCGAAAGAUGCGGACCGUGGCGAAGACGGCGGGCGAACACGCUCACCUGUACCGCCGCAGUCACUGAGGAGCAAUGAUGCUUAUGCCGAACAGCUACCGAGAAUGCGGUUUUAG